ACAAGGUCCAAUAGAGAUAAAUGCAUCAUCAAGUAAAAUUCCAAGCAUGGAGGUGGAUCAAAUGAAGGUAAUGAGGUAUGGAGAUGAGCAAGAGAUGAAGAUAAAAAGGCGGUUAUCGACGAAUCAAUUAGACUCAUUGGAGACAAGUUUUCAACAAGAAAGGAAACUUAAUCCAGAUAGAAAGAUGAAACUUGCUAAAGAUCUUGGGCUUCAACCAAGACAAGUUGCUGUUUGGUUUCAAAAUAGGAGAGCAAGGUGGAAAGCUAAGAAACUUGAGGAUUUGUAUGACGCUCUUAAAAUUGAGUUUGAUGUUGUUUCUAAAGAGAAGCAAAAUCUUCAACAAGAGGUUCAGAGAUUGAAGGCUAUACUAAAGGAACAAGCCACAAGGAAGCAAGUAUGCAGCACAGAAGUCUCAUGUGAGGAGACAGUAGAAAGCCCAUCAGCUGCUGCACCAAACCAAAAUUGUGAAGGUCAUAAAAUGCAUAACAUGACCCAAGUCACUGUCGGUCGCGACCCUGACAAUGACCCUGGUCAUUUUGUCUUUAACAUUUACGACUCAGAAUCUUAUUGGGGUGCUCUAGAUCAAAAUAAUAACUUUAUGUUUAAAUAUUAUAGGAGUAAAUAAAUUUUGUCUACAUAUAGUUUAAGUCGGACCGUUUCUUUAAGAGAUGUCUCUCACGCCAGCCUAUUAAAGCUGAUUACCUACUUUUAUUUUAUGGGCCAGCCAAAUUAAGAAUAGUCUCUCAAAGACAACGUCUCUCACAAGAAUUUGUGUUUAUGAAAAUUUAGCAAUAUAUGUAAUGUUAAUUGAGC